UUCUUCUGGCAGAGAUCAUUUGUUUCUAAUGAAAUGUUUCUUUACGCAAUUACAACUUACUUGGUUAAUGGCCCAACCUAUACCUUUCUGGCAUAAACCAUAGCCAGAAAAUAAUACUGCAUUUUCAGCCACAUUUGCAGCAAUAGCAGAAACAGUUCCUGCAUAUAGACCUCGAAUACCUUCUUUUGCCAUAGUUUCCUUGAAACAAUUCCAUGUUCCAAUGUACUUUUCGGGAAAGGUUUGCAUUUUCACCUUGAGCGUGUCAAAUGGUUGACCAACAUACACAAGGGCAACGGCCGCAAGUGAGCCAGCAACGAUGUCAAUAGCAGCAUCAUGAACGGUACCUCCAACUCCUUUCGAAUGUGCCAUUUCUUUAGGUUUUCUUCUUCCGAGUUCUUGAACACAUACAUUUCAGUACUAUUAUUAGAAAACUAAUUAAUGCAUAAUAUACUUCAUUUCAUCACACAUAAUCUCUUCACGAGCUUAAUUUCAAUAAUGUAUAAUAACAAUAAACAACUAAACAGCGUGUCAAUAAAAGUGAAUGAAGCCAAGAACUAGUAAAACACUUUUUUUUCGGCAUCGUGUUGGCGAUGUCGACCCACUGGCGGUCGCGUACACGUGCUACGGGGAACAUAAGAGAAUCUACUUUCUACAACCGUCUCGCAAGACACGUGUCUCUCUCGUGCGCCACCUUUGUCUUAGACCUCCACACAAAGGUGUCACAAUGAAUUUUGACGUUAUUAUUCUACCAAGAUAACAGUAAUUUUUGUCACAUUGUGAUUCAAAUACGCACCCUCCUCCUGUCAUUCAAAUAUCCACUCGAAGAAGCGACAGAAGAGAUAAUCGUCUACUCUGACGUCACAAGCACGCACGACACAAACUGUACUACGGGCUAAAGGGCAAGGUCUCGUUGAUCUAGAUUAGGGUCGGGAAGCAUGGCCCACGGUUUAAUACACGUGCUACUCACUGGGUGUGCCAUUUUCAACAUUUCGGCUGUCACUGUAGCUGCCGUCACAAGUUGUCUGAUGCAGACAGAGACCGUGUAACCUGAUAACAACAGUGCCUUCCAUAACGAGCAGUGACGCUUGGUUCUGGUUGAAAGGUGCAACAUUGGAAAAGAGUGACAUCCUACAAUGAGUAUUCCAGAUAUCAGCAAAUUUAACGACGACGAAUUGGUAACAUUUCUGAACUCCUUCGACACCAUUCUGACGGACUGUGACGGUGUCAUCUGGAUCUUAGGCACCCCAUACGAGGGGGCGUCCGAUGCCAUCGCUGCCUUCGAAGCACUGGGGAAACGCGUCUUCUAUGUGACGAACAACGCCACCAGGCCUGUGGACAACUAUGUGAAAGCCAUGACUGCAUUAGGAUAUAAUGUUACAAAGCUGAUGGAGGUGUCGUUGCUGCUGGAGCGGCCGGACUGCCUCUUCAUCGCCGGAGCCACCGACCACGACCUGCCCGUGGAACCCGACAUCACUCUCAUAGGUCCCGGGUACAUCGUGGACAUGCUGUCGCAGUUCACCCGUCGCCAGCCGCUGAUGGCGGCGAAGCCCAGCCGCGCCGUGCAGGAGGUGGUGGCGGCGCGCUGCCCGCAGCUGGACCCCAAGCGCACGCUCUUCAUCGGGGACUCGUUGCCUCAAGAUAUGGGACAAGGAGCUUUGAGUGGUUUCAACACACUACUCGUACUGUCUGGAGUUACAUCUCGUGAAGAAGCAGAAAACGCCGCGCCGGAACUGCGGCCGCAGUUUAUCGCCCCCUCUCUCAAAUCAUUGGUUCCUGCACUACGUCGCGUUUCUCUAGCUCCUGGUCUGCAAAUCAUUUUACUGCCAAAAAUCCGAGAAGUAUUUUUAAUAACUUCAAGUGCUGAGUGGAAGAUAUCAGUAUUGUGUAACUUCCCUGAAGAUUUGUGCUCAUCAUUUUAUUACAUUUUAAAUGUGUCAUCUGGACCUUUGGCACCCCUUACGAGGGGGCGUCCGAUGCCAUCGCUGCCUUCGAAGCACUGGGGAAGCGCGUCUUCUAUGUCACGAACAACGGAAUCAGGGCCCGGUUACAUCGUGGACAUGCUGUCGCUGUUCACCCGUCGCCAGCCGCUCAUAGCGGCGAAGCCCAGCCGCGCCGUGCACGAGGUUGUGGCGGCGCGCUGCCCGCAGAUGGACCCCAAGCGCACGCUCUUCAUCGGGGACUCUAGGUUAGCUACCAUUGAUUUGUUUGUCAGUCUGUUUCUCCUUUAUACUUUUAAUGAUUACCUAGUCAUUUUUCCGCAGAAGUUGCAAAGAGAACUC